UUAAACAUCAGAUUUGAUUAAUUUUUGCAUGGCGGGAAGAGGACACGCUCAAGUAGUGUGAACCUCUGCUUCGUUUAAAGUUAGAAAAUAGUCUUAAUGUUGUUAAGAUUCAGCUUAUUAGUAGUUUAAACACUUCAUUUCUCCAAUGAUUUAAAGUAGAAACGUUAGUAAAUUUAACUCUCGGUAGCUAGCUGGUCAGCUCUCCUCAGUCUCGUAUGCUAGGGAGCCAUGGCUGCACCCUCAGUGGAGUACACCAUUGGAGGGGUGAAGAUCCAUUUCCCCUGCAAAGCUUACCCAUCCCAGCUGGCCAUGAUGAAUUCAAUUAUGCGAGGACUGAACUACGGGAAGCACUGUCUGCUAGAGAGUCCUACGGGGAGUGGGAAAAGCUUGGCCCUGCUCUGCUCAGCUCUGGCCUGGCAGCAGGCUCAGCAUGCUAAAGUUCAACAAGGAGGAAGCGCUAAGGAAGGCAAAACCCCCUCAGAGGAUAAAAACGCUGCCGAAUGUAAGACGUCAAAUGCAGGCACCCCCUGUCAGUGUAGCUGCCACUGCAAAGCCAGCAGUGCCUCAGCUACUGCCAGAGCUGAUGUUGUGGACCUCACGGUGUCGCCUGGCAAAGAGCAGACGCCGCCUGCACCAGCCCAACCUGCCACCUCACCAGAGGAGUUUAAGCCCAAGAGGCAGUCGUUAGCCUCUCGUCUGUCUGAAAAGUUGAAUUCUUCCCUCAACUCUGACGUUGAGAAAGAAGAUGACUUUCAAGCAGAAAAGAAACGUAUCCGCACUGCGGCUGUUGAGAAUAAGGGCUGCAAAAGGCGAUGUUUAGAUAAGGGAGUUGUGUUUAUUGACGAUGAGCCAGAGGUGGAGCAGCAGCUGUCGCGGCCUGGACCGAUUGGGACUGUGGAGCCAAGCAGCCAGGCAGCCAACGAGCACUCGUCAUCCUGUUCCCCAGGACCCUGCUCCCUGUGCCCGUGUGCCUUGGUCAAAGAGAGUGUGAAGGCAAAGGACAAUGAUGACAAAAAGAAGAUCCCUAAGAUUUUCUUUGGCACGCGCACACAUAAACAGAUUACCCAGAUCACCCAUGAGAUGAAGCGCACUCUUUACUCCAGUGUGCCAAUGACCAUCUUGUCCAGCAGAGACCAUACCUGUGUCAACCCAGAUGUGGCUCCUCACGCCAAUCGCCAUGAACGCUGCAAGGAGCUGCUUGAGGCCAAAGAUGGGAGGUCAUGCCACUACUACCGUAAGGUCCACAAGAUGCAAGACCAGAGCACACUACAGUGGGUCCAUGGGCUCCACCAGGCCUGGGACAUUGAGGAUCUGGUUGGCCUGGGCAAACGCCUUCGCUCGUGCUCUUACUUCGCCGCCCGAGAACUCAUGCAGGGUGCCAGUAUUGUCUUCUGCCCUUACAACUACCUGCUGGACCCGCUCAUCAGAGAGAAUAUGGAUAUCAGUUUGGACGGCCAGAUCCUGGUGCUGGACGAGGCCCACAAUAUAGAGGACUGUGCCAGGGAGAGUGCCAGCUACACCUUGGACCAAAACAGUCUGCUGAUGGCCAGGGACGACCUUGACAGCAUGGUCAACAGCAACAUCAGACCCUCUCACCAUGAGCCGCUCAGGGCCUUCUGCUAUAGCAUCUUCAACUGGAUGCAGGAAAGCCAAAGCCUGCUGUCACAGCGAGGCUUUGAGACUGCCUGUAAAGUAUGGACCGGCAAGGAAGUCCUGGGCAUCUUCCAUGGCAUUGGAAUUACUGCUGGCACCUUUGGCAUGUUGAAGACACACCUAACAAAGGUUCUGGAGAAAGAGGAGCGUGUUGGUCCCGGUAACGAGGACACAGUGCUGGUCCCAGUCAUUAACUCAGCCACCAUCUCUGUCCUCAAAAGUCUCUUUAUGGUGCUGGACUUCCUUUACAAGGACAACUGCAAGUUUGCUGAAGACUAUCGGGUGGCUCUACAGCAGAGCUAUGCUUGGACCAACCAGACUCAGCCUGAUGUCCCUGAUGCCCAGGGCUUCUUUGCCCGGCCAAGGCACCGACGACGCCAGACCAUCCGAGUCAAGACUGAGGUCUUGACCCUCAGCUUCUGGUGCCUCAACCCUGCCGUGGCCUUCUCUGACUUGGGUGGGUCAGUGCACAGCAUUGUGCUGACCUCAGGUACCCUGUCACCCAUGGGCUCCUUCUCCUCUGAACUUGGGGUACAGUUCUCCAUCCAGCUGGAGGCCAGUCAUGUUAUCAGCAAGUCCCAGGUGUGGGUGGGCACUGUGGGUUCAGGGCCCCAAGGCAGAAAGCUGUGUGCCACCUUUCAGCAUGCCGAGACGUACGCCUUCCAGGAUGAGGUGGGCGCCCUGCUGCUGCACAUCUGCCAAACUGUAGCCAAGGGGGUGCUCUGCUUCUUGCCUUCCUACAAGAUGCUGGACAAGCUGCGGGAUCGCUGGACUAACACCGGCCUCUGGGAAAAGCUGGAGGAACGCAAGACUGUGAUAACGGAGCCCCGAGGUGGAGGGAAGGGGGAUUUUGAUGAGCUGCUGCAGACAUACUAUGAUGCCAUCAGACACUGUGGUGAAAGAGAUGGAGCCCUACUGAUUGCUGUCUGCAGGGGUAAAGUGAGUGAAGGACUAGACUUCACCGAUGACAAUGCCAGGGCAGUGGUCACCAUUGGCAUUCCCUUCCCAAACAUCAAAGACCUCCAGGUGGAACUGAAGAUGAGGUAUAAUGACCAGCACUGCAAAACGAGAGGUCUUCUCUCAGGUCACCGCUGGUAUGAGAUUCAGGCCUACCGAGCUCUAAACCAGGCCCUGGGGAGGUGUAUCCGGCACAAGAAUGAUUGGGGUGCCCUCAUUCUAGUGGAUGACCGUUUUGGGAAUAACCCUAACAAGUACAUCACAGGUCUGUCCAAGUGGGUUCGCCAGCUUGUCUGGCAUCAUGACACCUUCAGCAAUGCCAUGCAGUCUCUGGUGGCAUUCUCUCAGUUUCAGCAGAGGGCAGAGGUGGCCCAAGCAGGCAAGCAGACCCUCACCAGCCCUGUCUCAUCCCCAGCCAGUCAGUUACCAGUAACCACGCAGGAACAGGGCCUUCCACAGCCUUCACAGCCCCUAACACCACUUGUCAAACAGCCUGAAAUUUGUCAUCAGGGCACAAACACCCCAGCUCUCUCUGUUUCUCUCACACCUGAGAGAGUUGAACAGAAUGGAACAGCAGAUUGUCAGAAGAUGGUGGGCAGACAGCAAGCAGAGCCCCUUUCCCAUCAGAAUAGUGAGGCCAAAGUCCCUGUGGGCCCCAUUGCCUCUCAGCCUCUGUACAGGCUUUUCACCUCCACCCCCAUCAGCACCUGCUUCAAGAAGCCAAUCUUUAAAGCUAGCAUGCCCGACAAUGCUGACCAGCACUUUGACCCUUCGGACAUUUCUGAGGGCAAGGAGAAUCAGGAAAAUUCCCCCACACAGCAGAGGAGACAAGCACCUUGUUUUGCUCAGAGUGCUGGAGAUGCACCCACUGAAAUGAAAGUGUCUCCUAACAUUGUGGUUCUUGAGCCCUCUACUGUCACAACCCCGCCCAGUUGUGAAAGGGGCUCAGGAGACAAUUCAGAUGACGAAGAAGAGGACAUGACUGUUUUCUUUACUCCAGAACUUUUUGAGGAUGAAGAGGGAGAAUGCAGCCCACAGAACGAGGGGGAGACUGACUCACCUCCCAGGACAAUUUUAGAGGGAGGCCCUGCCUUGCUGUUAGAAGAUCUUUUUGGCUCAGAGCAGGCUCGACUCGAAGGGCAAAGAAAAGCCUCCGCCUCGGAUGGCCAGAGAGACGGUGGUCCUUCAGUCAUUGAGGACCGUGCAGGGCUAGAACACACAACCAGGCAUGACAGAGAGCAGAAUGGGCCAAAGAGUAAUGACCAGGCCCCAGAAACCAAAGGAGAGAAGCAAGGUGAGGAGGGAGAGCAGUUGGAAGGCCAGAGCAGACAGAAAGGCAGUAGGCUUCACAAACUGUCCCGGUCCAAACAGAAAGCUCCCUCCACUCCAUCAGGUAAACUAACCGAUUUGAUGGCAUUUCUUUAAAAGACCACUGUGUCUUAACAUGCAAGUAACAUGCUCUGAGCACAAAAAGUAAAAAUAUUACCAGCACCAAAAAAAGAAUGUGUUGGAGAUAUGACUAGAAACAGGCAGUAGUUUGGUUUUGGGCAUUCUCAGUUUGGCUAAACCAAACUAGUUAAGCCAACCCAAGUGGCUUAGUCUCUGAUGAUACACUAAACUAAGACCAUUAGCUAAACUUUUACACAACAGUCACAUGAAAAUGGUCUUCAAUUCAUGCUGCUGUGACAUAAUCCUUCCAUGAUUGAAGAGUAUCUUCACAUUUGUUUGUGUUCACUACAUGUUAUGAGUGUUUCAGAGUCAAUUUCAUGGAAUUUCUGUAUUUUGUGUAUGUUUUUAGGUAACCAUGUACAUCACAGCCACGCCUCAGGCAAAUAGCCCACACAUUAUUACCAUAGAUGACUAGGCUUCAUUGUGGGUUCAGCCAAGCCAGCUCUGAGCUCUCAGAUCAGCUCCCAUUUAUCUAGUGUGACAGCAUGGCCUUAUUAAGGCCAUUAAGGCUGUCUAACUACUGUUAUCAGUUAAAAACUGCAUAACUAACCAAUGCUAUUUAAAUGAUGGUGUUGAUUUUAAUGUGCUGUCUUUUUUUUUUUUAAUCAUUAAAAUGCGAGAACAAAUGUGCCUUUUAUCUUACUUUGAAAAAACACCCCAUCUUCCAGUUUCGUUUUAAUGAGAUAUGUUUAGGAGAUGGUCAAGCAACGUGGAUAUUGUAGACACGCUUGACUUCACCUAAAUAAGAGACGUUAAUUUUGGCCAUUGAAUAUCAACUGCUGUGUCUGAGUGUAUGCGUGUGUGUUUGCGCACCCUGUUAUGUAUUCAGCAGCAGACCUUUGUGCAAUCUCUGGUAUUUUGGUAAAAUUUGUACAUAGACACAUUCAUACAAAUUAUGUUAAGUUGGAAAAAUCAGGUUACUAUGAGUAUCAUGGCUAAUGUUUAUUGAUGAUGUUUUUUGUUUGUUUGUUUUGCUUUGCUUUGCUUUGUUUUGUUUUUUGUAAUGUUUUCUCUUUAAACAGUGGCUCAAAUUCCUCACACUGCCACAACACAUUUCUUGGUUGGGCUGUACAAUAUAGACAAAAUACCAAAAAUGUUAUAGUCUUUUAUAGUUUAUUAUAGUUUAAAAUCUAUUUUUGACUUUGCAUAUCAACACAAAUGCAUAAUAACAGUAAAUAAUGGGAAUUUCAUUAACCUGCUAUGGCUGUAUGACUGGAAAAGAAACUACAGUCAAGAAUAGUGAUGGUUAUCUUUGCGUUUCAGCAGUCACUUUUACUUUGGAAAAUCAUCUUACUUUGUUCAGUGUUGUGAUGCAAUGUUUUUGCAGAGCAAUGUCAUCUGUUAUUUCUGUCACGCCAUUUAAAUGGAUUGACAAACAUCUAAAAUACUUAAGCUGUGCUUACGUCUUUGAUGUAAUUUCACUUCAUUGUUCAUUAAAUGUUAUUCAAAU